AUGGACAAGUUCUUCAGCACCUAUGGGAAUAGACUAGGACACCUGAAAACGCAAUCUGGUCUAAUACAGAAAAAAGCGUUACAAAUCGAUGAUAAACCAAAAAGCCUCUCUCUCCCCAUGAACCCAUUAGCAGACAUUGAUGUAGUGUGUUGCACCCAACUGCUCGACUUCUUCAGGAAAUCAAACACCCCUCCAGAGCAAAUGCACUCACUGGCCCUUGAGACAAUCAAUGUCAACUAUCCUGGGGAUCAAUGGCUCCAAGUCUUCACUGGUGGGUCAUAUAUAGAUAGCCAAGCAAACGUUGGUGCAGGUAUCUAUUCUGAACUCUUCUCUUUCUACGCAGCAGCAGGACAUAAUAGAUCCGCUUUUGAAGAAGAAAUAGAGGCUAUUAGGAUAGCACUAUGCCAAUUAUGUUUCCUGGAUACGAAAUUCACAAAGCGUUGA